CAUACGAUGGCACAUGUGGAUAAGCCUGCGGUAGCAUAACAGUUGGAUUGCUUCAACUCUGUUAUUUAGUUUUAGUUAACUCAGCUGUUUAAAAUAUUUUGAAGCUUGUCACCAUAGCUCACUCGUACAGCGUCACAAAAGCGCACAUUUAUUUAGAAAAACUCCCGCAGCCAUCUGAACUCGCAAGCCAGCUUGCUACCUUAGCAAAGGAAGGGAAAGUUAAGAUAUGGAGAACUACAAGAAAGCGCACACUGUAGAGCAACCCUGCCAGUGUCCGUUCCCUGACCUAACCACUGACACCCCUGAGGUUCGGGUGAAAGACGGCAGCAAAAUCCGCAACCUGAUGAGGUUUGCUUUAAGCCGAUUCAAGGAGAAGGCAGUUUCGGCAGAACACACAGGCAUCCAAGAAGGUUCAACGGCAACCACUGGUUCAGGUGAGAAGCUGUGCCGGCAGAUCAUGUUCACAGGUGUGGGCCCAAGCGUAGCCAAAGCCAUCACGUGCGUGGAGAUCAUGAAACGGCGUGUACAUGGAUUGCAUCAGCAUACCAAGCUGGCCUACCGCACAGUCCAGGAAGUCUGGGAGCCUCUGGAGCCUGAGGCAGGGUUGGACAGUCUUACCGUCAGCAGAAAUGUGCCAUGUUUAUGGGUACUUCUAUCCAGAGACUCCCUUGACAGGAACCAGCCAGGCUACCAAGCACCAGGUUCAUUUGAUGCCUUGUGGGCACAGACUAUUAAAGAGGAAGCUGCAGGCCAUAAACAUGGACAUAGGAGAAAGAGAGAAGGUACAGGAGUUGGAAGGGGAGAAGGUGCUGGCAGAGGAAAGGGCCCUCGUAAACACCCAGGGCCGGGACGAAAUGGAGAGGCGCGUAAAACUCUAGGUCAUGCAGGGGGUGGGCAGAAUUGAAU